AUGGCAAGACAAAGCACCGAACUUUUCAAGUGGACUGAUAAUGAGGUGGAGUUGUUGCUCCGAGUCACCAACGAGUACAAGGUUUCCAAAGCAAGCAAGAACAUCGACUGGGAGACGGUGCAGAACAAAUACGCCGAAAUACUGGAACGCCUCAAAGAGCAGUAUCCUGAGAGACGGCCUACCCCCACAAUCUGGGGUGGUUCUCCAGCCAUCACUGCCAUAAACUGUGGCAUCGAAACGAGCGACAUACUCGACCACAGCAGGACCACCAAUAGCAGUUGCCCGCGGUCAGGCUCACACAAAAGGACUACUCCUUCGCCCAGUACUUCGGCUCCGUCUCCAGCUACAAGCAGUCAGGACUCCGACACAGAUGGACAGACUCAACAAAGACGAAACCGCCUGAAUACGACGCUUUCAUCCUACAGGCACGAGAGGCUCAAAAGAAAGCUGUCCAACAAGGGACAGCUACUAACGCUUGCACAGGAGGAUCUAAAGCUGAGGAGACAGACAUUCGAGAUAAUGGAAGCUGCAAACAAAGAGUUUUCAGAGAACAUUGGGAGAUUGACCUCAAACAUUGAAAAACUCACAAAUUCAGUUACGGAGGCUGCUUUGCCGGCCCUGGAAGCCGAGGCUGACCUGGACUCUUGCUCUCCCCUCUACCAUCUUCGACGUGACCCUGACCAAAUGCUGCAGCAGCUGGACCCACCACAACAACCUGAAAAUUUCAACAGUGCUUCAGGAAAGCGAUCUCAUGCAGCAGGGCGGAGAAGAAAGGAACAGACACCAGACGAGGUCACACAGAGACGAGGAUCCUUUGCAGCAGAGACAGACACAGAGACUGCCAAGACAGCAACUGGGGUGAAGUGUCAUGGUGUUUGGGCUCCGACUUGUCACCUCGAGAGGAUGGAUCCCAUUAACACAGCAAUAACCAUGAAGGGAUUGGCGAAAAUCCAGAAACACCAGACCAACGAGGUUCGAGAGGAUCUUGCAAACACCACUCAUUAUAAUUCAACUACUAUACCUAUUACUACUGCUAAUACUACUACGACCACUAUAUCCCCAACUACGGUUACCCCUCCUACCACCACUGUCCUGAAAUGUGAUAAUGGAGGGAAACCAGAGAACGGUGUCUGCAUCUGUCCUGAUGAAUGGACUGGAAUAACAUGCUCAGAAGAAAACUUCUGCGAAGAGCAGCAGUUAGGAGGCUUCAGGUUCCCUCGUACACCCAUCGGCUGGUUUGCGUAUUCUGAGGAAAAAUGUGAAGUAGGGACGAGUGGUACUGGUAAAUCUAAAUCUUCAGCCAGAUGUUUGUCCAUGAAUGGAUCACCAGGUUUCAGCCCUCCACAGAUCUUCCAGUGUGACCUGACGCUCAGCGACAUACAAAAAAAUCUUACAAGUCCAGCUGAUUUAGAGACACUGGCGACCAGCACUCAGAUUCUGACAUCAAAAGCAGAAGAGCUGACGGCUGAAAAUGUUACAGCAGCGGCUGAGAUUGUCAACACACUGCUGCUGUCUGCAAACGCCACAGAGAGUGUCAGAGUGUCAGCAGUAGCAACAGUCAGUCAGCUGCUGAACGCCACUGUAGCAGAUGAUACCAAGGAAAACAACGCAACUCUGGGGCUUACGGUGACUCUGGACCAGCUCUCAGUGAACCUCAGCCUCAGUCAAAAUACAUCUCAAUCUCAAGUGGUUCAGCCGAACCUGGUGGUCCAGUCGGCACAGAUCCCUGCUGCAGACACUCACGGAGUCCAGUUCACCUCUCUCAGAGGGAUUUCUGGGAAUUUUUUGCCCAACAGAAUUCAUCUGAACACAAAUGCAACACAGGUCGUGAUGGAAAACAGUUUCAUAGCUGAUGCCCUCAUUUACAUACGAUUCCCGCCAGAUGUCAGAAGUCGUCAAACAGACUUGAACGUCUCUCUGGGUUUUGUUCUCUAUCAGAACGAUCGUUUCUUUCGUUCAAAACACUACAUGAGGCGACGGGCCACCAUAAGGGUCCUGUCAGCCAGCAUCAGAGGGCAGGAACCCAACAUGGUGCCACAACAUGUGGAGAUGUUGUUCAGACCAAGAAACAUCAGUGGGACGUCUCUGUACGACUUCUCCUGCGUUUUCUGGAACUACAGUCAGAAGGACUGGAGCACCAGCGGCUGCUCUAAAGGAAACACUUCAGAUGGACUAAUGAAAUGUUUCUGUAACCACACCACCAACUUUGCUGCUCUCUGGUCAUUCAGAGAGAACUACGAGUAUGCAGAAGCUCUGGGUGCCAUCUCCAUCGUGGGACUCUCUCUUUCUUUUCUGGGUUUGAUUGUGACGAUCAUUUAUAACAUUAAAGAAAUUUUUCAGAAUGAACAGAAGAAAACCCUGAUAUCUCGGCUGUGCAUCUACUUCAGCCUGCUGGCCUUCAUCAUCACCUUUGUCUCUGGAGUCCAAAACUCCAGCAGACAAAUUGACAUUGAGGUGCAGACUGACGAUCGGACCAACGACUUCCUUGACUCGGAUGAACGCAUAGAACCAGACCGCGGUUCGUGUACGGCUGUAGCGGCUCUGCUGCACUUCCUCCUGAUGGCCACCUUCAUGUGGAACAGCGUGAAUGGUACUCAGAUCCUGAUUCAGAAAAUACGCCGCAGUCUACCACCUCACUGGACUCUGCUGGGCAUGGCUCUGGGAUGGGGAGUGCCAGCCUUGUUCAUGGGCAUCACACUGGGGGUGACCUACAGAGUGGACAAUCCUCUGGGAUACAGACAGGAGGAAUUUUGCUGGCUGGCAGCGCUGGAUAAGAACAAACACUUCAGCUUUGAGAAACCUUUGUUUUGGGGUUUCCUCCUUCCAGUUGGCCUGAUCUUGAUCUACAACAUCAUCCUGCUGGUUUAUGUCUCACUUAAAGCAACCAGGAAGUCCUGCUUCAGGAAGAGUUUCCUUGAAUGCUUCACUCUGGCUGUGUUACUGGGUGUGUCCUGGGUUUUUGGGUAUCUGGUCCUCGUCACUUCAGGAAAAAUGAACCUGGUCUUCAGCAUUUUGUUCUGCCUCUGCACAACCACACAGGGUCUUCAGAUUUUUAUCAUCACAGCCACAACGCCGACCUUCAGAGCCGCCAUGUCCCGAUCAGUGCAGUACCUUUCCUCAGCCAGCAUCUCGUUUAACAAUGUGAAGUACCGUCUAUGGAAGAACUGGGACAAGAACCACUCGGAGAAAUACAGGGAAAAAUGA